AUGGCAAAGUCUAUAUUUAACUUAACAGGGCGUGUUGCUCUUAUUACUGGGGCUGCUCGUGGUCUUGGUUUUACAAUGGCUCGAGCACUUGGUGAAUUUGGUGCGCGACUUGCGUUGUUUGAUAUGGACAACAGUAGUUUACAAGCAGCAGCAAAAACAUUAUCUAAUGAUGGAUUGGAAGUAUUAAAUUUGCAUGGUGAUGUUACCAAUGUUAGUGAUGUAACAAAAUGUAUCGAUAACGUUGUUAAAAAAUACAAUUCAUUAGAUAUUGUUGUCAAUAAUGCUGGUAUUGUCUGUAAUGCACCUGCAGAAGACAUGUCAUUGAAGGAUUGGCAACGGCAAAUUGAUGUUAAUUUAACAGGCGUGUUUCUUGUUUCACAAGCAGCUGGUCGGCAAAUGAUAAAACAAAAAAGUGGUAAUAUUAUUAAUAUUGCAUCGAUGUCUGGUCUUAUUGCCAAUGUUCCACAACCCCAAUGUUCUUACAAUGCAUCAAAAGCUGGCGUUAUAUUAUUAACAAAAUCUCUUGCUUCUGAAUGGGCACAACAUAAUAUUCGUGUGAAUUCUAUAUCACCUGGUUAUAUGAAUACAAGUUUGACAGCGAAAGGACUGCAAAAUCCUGAAUGGGCUCAACAAUGGCGAAGUUUGACACCAAUGAAUCGUGUUGGUGAACCACAUGAGCUUGCCGGUCUAGUAGUUUAUUUAGCAUCAGAUGCAUCCAGUUUUGUAACUGGUAGUAAUAUACUAAUCGAUGGUGGAUACACUGUGCGUUAA